CAAAGGAAAGCAGAGAGAGGAGUCAAAACCAAUCUCUCUCUCUCUCUUUCUCGCCGUCUGGUCUUUUUCACCUUUGAUAGUUCUGUGCUGUAUUUCUCUUCUUCUUCUUCUCUUACACCACGGACUCCUCUUUUCCUUUAUAUCUGCUCUUCACAUGCUCUGCUUUGAUGGUAGAAUCCCAAAACUCCAAAAGUGGUAAGAAUCUCCCAAAAAUCUCUAAUGGAUUUUCCCAGUUAUAGAUUUUAACCCGGAAAAGACCCUCCUUGGCCCCGUUCAUCCCCUCCACUGGCUCCGGGCACUGGCUGAAAUGGGAAACAGGGGAGGCUACUCGGCGCCGCUGUUGAUGUCGACAUGGUGGUCCUGCUGUUUGGUCUUCUUGUUCCAAGCUCUACUCGGUUAUUCUCAGAACCAGAGCUGCCAGAUUAAGGAUUUGAAUGCCUUGCGGGGCUUCUUAAAGGGCUUGGAUUUUGGUAUCCCGGGGUGGAGCCUCAAUGAGUCUUCUUCCAAUUGCUGCAAUUGGUCUGGCGUCCGCUGUGAUUCGAGUAGCAGCGGGAGAGUGAUCGGGUUGGAUCUUCAUAACAGGAGCUUGAAAGGUUCCAUCUCCGAUUCUUUGGCCGGCUUGGAUCGGCUGAAAAGUUUGAAUCUUUCGAGCAAUCUGCUGCAAGGAUCGGUUCCUCAGAAUUUGUUCCAGCUUCCUCUUUUGGAGUCUCUUGAUCUCAGCUUGAACAACCUCUCCGGAUCGAUUCUUUCUAAUUUGAGCCUCCCAUCGAUUCGGGUUUUCAACAUUUCCGGCAAUUCCUUCAAAGACAGCCACCCGAUCCUGGCCGGGUCGAGAAAUCUCAUCAAGUUUGACGUCAGCACGAAUGAUUUCUCCGGUGCCAUCAAUCCAGGUAUCUGUAAUUACUCAGCCCGAGUUCAAGUCCUUUGCUUUUCAAUGAAUAAGUUCUCCGGCGACUUCCCGGUGGGCUUCGGCAAUUGCCGCUCUCUUGUCGAGCUUUCGCUUGCUAUGAAUUGGAUCACCGGAACUUUGCCUGAUGAUUUGUUCACACUGUCAUCUUUGACCCAAUUAUACCUUCAAGAGAACUUGUUAUCCGGCCCUGUGGGCUCGAAGCUUGGUAAUCUUAGCAACCUUGUUCGGUUGGAUCUUUCAUCGAACAGCUUUUUGGGGAGCAUUCCUGAUAUCUUUGAUAGGCUUACAAAACUGGAGUGUUUUUCUGGUUCUAGCAACAAUUUUUCUGGUAGAUUACCAGCUUCCUUGUCUAAUUCUUCAGUGCUUAGGGUGCUUAAUUUGAGGAACAACUCUCUCACUGGAGAGAUCCAUCUCAAUUUCACUUCAUUGGUUAGGCUCAACGCUCUUGAUCUCGGUUCCAAUUUGUUUUCUGGCCGUAUCCCUUAUGAUCUCCCUCAGUGUGUUGAAUUGAAAACCAUAAACCUUGCAAGAAACCAUCUUAUUGGUGAAAUCCCCCACAGCUUCCAGAACUUUGUUGCACUAUCUUAUCUCUCACUCACUGGAAAUCACUUCUCUAAUAUAUCGUCAGCACUGCAAAUCCUACAGAGUUGCCCCAACCUCACUAGUUUGGUCCUUACCAAGAAUUUCCAAGAUGGUGAAAUGAUGCCUUCUGCUGGGAUUGAAGGAUUUGAGAAGAUGGAGGUUCUUGUGAUUGCAAAUUGUCUUCUCUCCGGUUCGAUUCCACCCUGGUUGGCAAAUUUGACCAGGUUGAAUGUCUUGGACAUAUCAUGGAACCACUUGAGUGGGAACAUCCCUUCAUGGUUAGGAAAUCUGGAGUAUCUUUUUUACUUGGAUAUUUCAAAUAACUCACUCACUGGACAGAUUCCUGAUAGCUUGACAAAAAUGAAGAGCCUUACAUCUAGCAACAUAACGCAGCAAGGGCCCUCGAUGCAGGAUUUUCCAUUCUACAUCAAACGGAAUUCGACAGGAAAGGGAUUGCAGUAUAAUCAGGUCAGCAGCUUUCCACCAUCAUUGAUUCUGUGUCAUAACAAGCUUGUUGGACCAAUCUUGCCAGGCUUUGGGGACCUUGUGAAGCUGCAUGCGUUGGACCUAGGCUGGAACAAUCUCUCAGGAACCAUACCUGAGGAGUUGUCAGGCAUGUUGAGCUUAGAGUUCUUAGAUUUGUCACAUAAUAAUCUCAGUGGAAGCAUACCGUCCUCUUUGGCCAAGCUGAGUUUUCUGUCGAGUUUCAACGUAGCUUACAAUGAUUUGGUUGGACAGAUCCCGACAGGAGGCCAGUUCUUGACCUUCUCGAGUGAUGAUUUCAUAGGGAACCCAGGUCUCUGUGGCAUUCACUCAUCCCCUUGCUCUACCGGCACUCCUUCAGAAUCUGUGAGCAGACGAAGGAAGAAUAAAGGUGUCGUUGUAAGCAUGGCACUUGGAAUUGGAUUAGGGACUGUUUUUAUUCUCGCUUUUAUCUACUUUGCUGUGUCAAGGACUAAUUCUAGAAGACAAGAGGACAAUGCCAAGGUGGUGGCAGAUGCCGACGAAAACUUAGAAUCUGCUGGGUCUAGUUUGGUGCUUCUGUUUCAAAACAAGGACAACAAGGGGCUUAGCAUCAAUGAUAUCAUAAAAGCUACCAACAACUUUGAUCAGACAUAUAUUAUAGGAUGUGGAGGAUUUGGUCUAGUCUACAAGGCAACUCUACCCAAUGGGAGGAAGGUUGCUAUCAAACGGCUUUCCGGUGACUAUUUUCAGAUGGAGAGAGAAUUUCAAGCUGAGGUGCAAGCCCUGUCUAAAGCUCAACAUAGGAAUCUUGUUUUGCUUCAAGGAUACUGCAAGAUUGGCAGUGAUAGACUCUUGAUCUACUCUUACAUGGAGAAUGGGAGCUUAGACUAUUGGCUCCAUGAGAAGUCUGAUGGGGGUGCUAUGCUGGAUUGGAAAACAAGACUCCGUAUAGCUCAAGGAGCAGCAAGGGGAUUGGCGUACUUGCACCAAUCAUGUGAUCCCCAUAUACUGCACCGUGAUAUCAAGUCAAGCAAUAUCCUUCUAGAUGAAAAUUUUGACGCUCAUUUGGCGGAUUUUGGCCUUGCGAGGCUUGUUCUGCCUUCUGACACCCAUGUGACGACAGAUCUUGUCGGGACUUUGGGCUACAUUCCUCCUGAAUAUGGACAGUCUUCUGUUGCCACUUUUAAAGGUGAUGUGUAUAGUUUCGGAGUUGUUCUGCUGGAGCUACUUACGGGUAGGAGGCCUGUGGACAUGUGCAAACCAAAAGGCAGCAGGGAUGUUGUGUCGUGGGCGCUUCAGAUGAAGAAGGAGAAGAGGGAAGCUGAGGUGUUUGAUCCACACAUACAUGAUAAGGAGCAUAACAGCCAGUUAAUUAAGAUGCUUGAGAUUGCAAGCCUUUGUGUAAGCGAGUCUCCUAAACUGAGGCCUCUAACACAACAAUUAGUUGCAUGGCUUGAUAACAUUGGCAUCGAUGGCCAACUGACAAAAUGAGGUGCAAACUUGCAGUGUUGAGUAGCUUUACAUGUCCUGCCUCCAUUCAUCUUUAGCAGUUCAACAGAAAUGAAGUUGAGACCUUUGGCGACUCAUAUGUUUCUCGGUCAUGUGCUUGACCUGGCAUCAUGAAAGCUGGAUGUAUAUAAUAUUUGCACAUCCUUGAUUCUGAGGUUUUCUUUCUUUUAUUUUCUCUUUCUCCAAGCAAUUUCUUAUAUUUCUAUAGUGGAGCUGAGAUCACCACAGACAACAAUACACACAUGUAGAGCUGUAAGUUAACUUUCCAUAAACAAAACUUAGUUUUACUCCAAACUUGGAAAGAUAUGUAUAUUUUCUUUUCAUUAUAAGAGCAUUUUGGAUGCAUAUUUUUUUUCUCACAGUUAAAUGCAAUUACUAUGUCAUUACACAUAAUUUCUGAAAAUUUAUCUUCAUUUAUUUAUUCAAUAGAGAAUAUGUGCUUGCAGAAUUGAGGUUCAUUCUCACAUGUCAUAACAUAACCCAUAGCUUGUAAAUCAUCAAAUUUUUCACAUGAUUUACUUCGUGUCCUUCCAUUUUUAAUUCAUCUUGUUCAAAAUGUAGAAGGCUGUUAAGAUUUUUAAAUGAUUUCUGCAAAUGCUUUGACUGUUAAAAUUGCAUAUAAUUAGGCAAGAAGGAAACUAUGCAUUUGGUAAGCUGAAGGAAGUUUGUUUACCUGACUUACGUAUUGAUGAGAGUUAUAUGCAAAUCAAUAUAUACUUGUCAACUUUGAAGGGAUAGUGAGCAAGACCGAAUCAGUUGACCUCACAUGCCCUUCAAUUUCUACUCUCUUUAUCCUUUAUUAUUUUUUGGAAAAAGUUGGGGAGACCCUAACACUUUAAUUAGAAUAAUAAAGGUUUCAUUUAGAUGAUGAAUUUUUCUAGUCCAUAGUUCCAUAUAUAUUUGUUCUCACAAAAUUAUUAGUUAGUAAUGAGUGCAGUCAUAUAUAAAUUUUAUGAGUGCCAUGAAAAGUCUCUGUCGCUCUCUCUGUCUCUCUCUCUCACACACAAUGACAGUCUCUGUCGAGAAUUAAGUUCAUCCAUUUUGUACACACACUAUAACAGUCUCUGAAUAGAAUUAACUUCAUCCAUUUGGUGUGAUAUGCAAUUUCAGUUAACAGGAAUUGCAUACCGCACAUGAUGAAGUAUAGCUUUAUAUAAUCAUUGAUACUUCAUUGCAUCAGCUAACCUCUUUGACUCCAGCAUGAGAAUCUAUAGUUUGUUAAUGUGGAGGAAAGGAAAAAUUGGAAAACUUGAUUGACAAUCCACCAUGGAAAGGUAAACUUCUUCCCAUUCUAUUAGAAUGACCUUGUAUGUUUAGAAAAUAUAGGUUAGUGUCAAAGACCAUGCCAUUAUUGACCAAGUGUGAAAUACUGAGGACUACCUCUCAGAGACUAAAUAAUCAGAGAGAACCACUCAGCUUUUCAGUUGAAGAUGAUACUUAAAAGGAUGCCUUGAAAACUGAAUUCAGUCCUUGAAGAAAUACAGAGACAUUGCAUCUUAGAAGGGGUCUUAGAAAUUUCAUUUCCAUGAUCAAUUCCCCUGAAGCUUGGUUACUCGUUGCAAGGAAGAAGAUGCUAUUGCAGUUUAUCUUUUGCUUAUGUAUCGAAUCAAGCUUUUACCCUGCCUGUCAGGGCAGGAAGGAAAAGGAAGGGUAAGGAUGAGCUAGCAAUUCAUAUGCACCACAUAAGUUAUGAAGUCAGCUGUGUGUCAGUGAGAAGAAUGAUUUGUACCUUUUUCCAUCUACUGAAUAGUAUUUGGCCUUAUCUUCUAUAUUGUAAGUCAUAUUUUUAUGCAGCUUUGUUUUCAUCAUUUUAUUUGGAAGUCUGAAGGAUAUUAUGUGUUAUGUGACACCAGCUCGGCAUUAUCUUUUUGGUUUUCUGAUUGCUAGAAUUCAUACUUAGUUUAAUCAUACUAACACAAAAAUGAGUUCCUCUAAAAUGAAUUUUUUUACUUUUGAGUUCCAUGCAAAGGCUAUCUCCUCAGAGCUGAUUUGCUUCUCUUUUUAUUCCUCUUCCUAUUUAAGACUUCAUCUCUUUCAGUGCAUUAGUAUUAGUUAAACUUUCUAUUCAGUGCAUAAGUUUUUCUUUUGUAUCAAAUGCCAGCCGCUCAUAU